UUUUACUGCACUGUACCAGAUUGGGAACUCAGAAGGUCGUUCUUCUGCCGGAUAUAUUAGUCGGUAUUAUAUAUACAUAACACUACGGAUUUUAAAUGCCUGACACUACGAAACGUGGUUUAUUUGUCGUUUUCGAAGGUGUUGAAAAAUGUGGCAAAAAGACACAAUCAGAACUAUUACAGGAAGCUUUAACUCAAAUUACCGGCAAACAAGCCUUGUUGAUUCAUUUUCCUGACAAAAGUACACCAAUAGGGAAACUACUGGCUGAAUACUCUGAUGAAAAACUCCAACUGGAACCACAUGCAGCUCAUCUUCUUUAUAUAGCUAACAGAUGGGAACGUCAAGAUGAAAUUUCGAAUGCAUUAAAAGCUGGUAUUAGCGUUGUUGUAGAUCGUUACAGUUAUUCUGGUAUUGCUAACACAGCCGCUAAAUUUCAUCCACUCUCUGAAUUUGAUUGGAAAUGGUGCCGUUCUAUGGAGUAUGGGUUACUGCAACCAGAUUUCAUAUUUUGCCUUGCUCCAGAAAAUUUUGCUGAAAUUUCAGUUCGUGACGCAUUUAGUGACAAAAAGUUUGAAACAAUGGAUUUUCAAAAACGAAUUCUUAUUUAUUACGGUCGUUUAUCACGUGAAAUGGAGUCUGAGUUAAGUGAGAAUGAUGACACAAAUGAGCGUGAACCCCGACUCUGGCAUUGGAUACCGGCAACAGGUCAAACUGUGGAUGAAACCCAUUCAUGUAUAAUGUCGAUUAUUGAUUCUAAAUUAUAAGCCAGUUUUUUAAUAAAAUUAUCUAUUCAUU